GACUAUGGGCACUUGGUCUGGGUUACUUCCCCUGGUUGUGACGUCAGCGUUGUUUGUGACAGUAGACGGCGCCACUAACUGGGGGGAUCUGAGCCUCCCCUUGGAACAUGUGCCCUACUUCUUCAGGAACAAUCCUUACAUGAAACAGCGUUGUAGGGAUGAGGAUAGCUGCCCUUAUAAGUCCUCCUUGGAGAUUAGGAGAUGCUGGGGAUAUGAAGACGGGUGCCCAGUCGGAGAGAGGAUGAGUACGCCCCUGUGCACCGACGAUGAGUCACAGAACCUAAGCUUCCUGUACAUCCUGAUGCCUACAUUCCUAGCUUCCUGUACAUCCUGGAUGCAUACGUUCCUAGCUUCCCUGUACAUCCUGAUGCCUACAUCUCUAGCUUCUGUAUAUCCUGAUGCCUACAUUCCUCGCUUCCUGUACAUCCUGAUGCUAACAUUCCUACCUUCCUGUACAUCCUGA